AUGGGCUGCACUAUUGCCAGCAAAACCUUGCAUCCUCAGAAGGUGGUUGAUCAACUUGAAGAAGAAGAAAAGAUGGUCAGGCCUGGAAGUAGCAUUGCCACUAACUGGAGAGAACUUAGUGGCCAACAUCACUGGAAGGAUUUGCUUGACCCACUUGAUAUUGAUCUUCGCAAGUACAUAAUACACUAUGGAGAAAUGGCUCAGGCUACUUAUGAUGCUUUUAUCCCUGAUAAAACAUCUAAAUAUGCAGGAAGGAGCCGUUAUGGGAAAACAGACUUCUUUUCCAGGGUGGGUUUGGAAAACGGGAAUCCUUUCAAGUAUGAGGUAACAAAGUUCCUAUACGCAACCUUAGAAACUGGUUUUCCUAUAUUUGGUGAUCAUGUUGAAGAAUCAAGUUGGAUAGGAUAUGUUGCUGUGGCCACGGACGAAGGCAAAGCCGUGUUAGGGAGGAGGGACAUUGUAAUUGCUUGGAGAGGAACUGAUCAGAUCAAGGAAUGGAUUAAGGAUUUUCAGUUUUUUCUAAGUGACGCUCCAUAUAUUUUUGGACAUGAAGUAAAGUGUAAAGUACAUCGAGGAUUUUAUUCCAUUUAUACAGCAAAGAAUUCAUCGGCCUUAAACAGAAAUAGCGUCAGAACCGAGGUCUUAACUGAGGUCAGAAGACUUGUGAAUAAAUUUAAGGAUGAACAGAUUAGCAUAACAAUAACUGGUCAUAGUUUAGGGGCAGCACUUGCAACACUAAAUGCAUUGGACAUAGUUGCUAACGGCUUUAAUAUUCAAGGAGAUGGAUCUCAAAAGGCUUGUCUUGUCACAGCAUUUGUGUUCGCCAGUCCUCGAGUUGGAGAUUCAAAAUUCUCUAAGUUUUUCACUGCUCAAAAGGAUCUGCGAACACUACGUGUUCGGAAUAAAGAAGACAUUGUCCCCAGGCUACCUUUCUUGCAUUAUGCAGAAGUGGGAGAAGAGUUAGAAAUCGAUAUUAUGAAAUCCAACUUCAUAAAGCAUGUUGGGGGAGUCAACUUCAAGAUGUGGCAUAAUUUGGAGCUUUACUUACAUGGAAUAGCAGGAACACAAGGGAGGAAGGGAGGAUUCAAAUUAGAAGUUAAAAGGGAUAUUGCACUCGUUAACAAGAGCUUGGAUGCUUUGAAGCAUGAGUAUCACAUUCCCAAGUCAUGGAGAAUAGACGAAAACAAAGGAUUGGUACAACAACCUGAUGGUACUUGGAAGAUGCAGGGUCCUGAUUCUGAUGAGGGCGAUGAUUUUCUUGUCAAUCAGUGA